UUGCGGCGCGGGUCGGAAAGGCCUGCUGCCGGGAGCUGGCGUCGCGCUGUUUUUCGGCCAUGGCCUCGGAGAAGCGGCUCGAGGUGGUGACCUGCACCGCGCCGGUCAACAUCGCGGUCAUCAAGUACUGGGGAAAGCGAGACGAGGAGCUGAUCCUGCCCAUCAACUCCUCUCUGAGCGUCACGUUGCACCAGGAUCAGUUAAAAACCACCACAACAGCCGCCAUCAGCAGGGACUUCACAGAGGACCGGAUUUGGCUAAAUGGCCGGGAAGAGGACGUGGGGCAGCCGCGCCUCCAGGCCUGCCUGAGGGAGAUCCGUCGCCUGGCCCGCAAGCGGAGGAGCGACGGCCACGAGGACCCGCUGCCCCUCAGCCUCAACUACAAGGUGCACGUGGCCUCGGUGAACAACUUCCCCACGGCCGCGGGCCUGGCCUCCUCAGCGGCAGGCUACGCCUGCCUAGCCUACGCCCUGGCCCGGGUCUAUGGCGUGGAGAGUGACCUGUCGGAAGUGGCCCGCAGGGGCUCGGGCAGCGCCUGCCGCAGCCUGUACGGCGGCUUCGUGGAGUGGCAGAUGGGGGAGCGGGCCGACGGGAAGGACAGCAUCGCCCGUCAGGUGGCCCCCGAGUCACACUGGCCGGAACUCCGUGUCCUCAUCCUCGUGGUGAGCACCGAGAAGAAGCCGACGGGCAGCACGGCGGGCAUGCAGACCAGCGUGGAGACCAGCGCCCUGCUCAGGUUCCGGGCCGAGGCGCUGGUGCCGGCACGCAUGGCCGAGAUGACCCGCUGCGUCAGGGAGCGCGACUUCCAGGCCUUCGGCCAGUUGACCAUGAAGGACAGCAACCAGUUCCACGCCACCUGCAUGGACACCUUCCCGCCCAUCUCCUACCUCAACGACACGUCCCGGCGCAUCAUUCAGCUGGCGCACUGCUUCAACGCGCACCACGGGCAGACCAAGGUGGCGUACACGUUUGACGCGGGCGCCAACGCUGUGAUCUUCACCCUGGACGACACUGUGGCCGAGUUUGUGGCUGCCGUGAGGCACAGCUUCCCCCCCGAGUUGAAUGGAGACAAGUUUCUGAAGGGGCUGCCCGUGGAGCCUGUCCCGCUCUCGGAUGAGCUUAAGGCUGCGCUGGGUACGGACCCCAUCCCCGGCGGCAUCAAAUACAUCAUUGCCACUCAGGUGGGACCCGGGCCUCAAGUCCUGGAUGACCCUGGCGCUCACCUCCUGGGUCCCGAUGGUCUGCCGAAGGCAGCCGCCUGACCGCCUCCUCGACGGAGCCCUGGCCACCGCUGGGAGAAGAGGCCGCUUUGCUGGGACUGGGAACCGGGUGUGGCGGCUGCCCGGCCGUGCUUGUUGGGAUUUGUGCGUGGCCGCCUGGCUCUGGGCUGUGGCCGAGUUGGACAGUGGGACGACGCCUGCGGGUGCCCAGGCGGUCAGGAGCGGGGCCGCCAGGUGCCUCACCUUUCCCCGACCUGCGCCCAGCACCUUGCUGAGAUGGGAGCCUGGUUCCGGAUCCAAGCACUGGGGGACCGAGCCGGCCAGUGGGAAGCUGCCGGUGCAUCGCCAAUAAAGGGCUCUGGCCCUGAACUCGGGGGUCACGCCCACUGCCCCCAACAGCAGCUUGACCACUGGAGAUGACGGCGUGUCAGGGGUCCCCCCUCGGAGCUGGAGCACGGGCCACCGCACAGGGUGCGACCUCAGGACACCCCUGUGAAGUGCUCCGCCUGGCCCUGAGCCCAGGCCCCCGAGUGGGUACAGGGUGUCUUCACAGAAAGACCAGUGUUGUGUCUGUGGGGACCGGGGAGCAGCGCCAAGGCCGCAGUAAAGGCAGUUCGAUGAGCAUGCUGUCUCCUGGCCCAGGCAGAGCUCACCGAGGGGGCUGGGAGGGCGCGGCAGGAGAUGGGGCUGGGGACUCGACUUCUGCCCCCAGCUCGCCCUCUGUUACCCAGCCACAUGGGGUGCUCAGCUGACCCUGCCCCGUGGCCGUGGCCACCACCGUGGUGGACGUGGUCACUCAGGCUGACGGGCUGGGGACGCGGUUUGGGCCUGGUUCUAAGCUCCGUCCAGGAAGGGAGGCGGGAAGCGGCUUUGCGGGCAGGAGCCCCUACUCAGCCCGAAGCUGUGGGUCUGCGACGAGAGCCCUCGCUCCAAGUGAGCUUCUCCAUUCCUGAGCUGAGUGACCUCCCCUUUCGCACCCCUCCCCAUUGUCCUAACCAGCUGGGGGGAGGAGAGGGAGGGCAUCUGAGCGCUCUGACCUUGACCCUGAAGGGGGCUCAGAGGAGGGAGGUGAGAGGACUGCCCAGCACCCCUGCACUCCGGAUUUUCCCUGAAGCCUCCCACACUCUCAGCACCACCCCUCCCAAAUUAGCCUCUGAGCAAAGGGUUGCCUGCAGAGGCCACACCUGUCCACACCCGCGCUAGCCCAGGGCCAGAUGAGGCGGAGGCUGGGCCUGCGCUGACACGAGGCUCAGGGGUCCUGGCUGGAAGCCCCGCCCCCACUCGAGUCCACUGCGGCCGAGCUGGCUGGGUCUGCACGGGGGAAGGCCUGGGCCGGCUGGGUAGGGCCCCUUCCUGAGCUCCAGGUCCCAGGCUCUCGUGGCGGGGGUGGGGGACGCGGCUCCCGGGAGCACCGGGACCCCACCUGCCCCCAGGCC